CGCACACUUUACACACGAACGCGCGCGCGCAGUCGUACACGCGGCGGCAACAAACAGACCGUGAAGUCGCACAGAGACGCCGUGUGUGUGUUUUUUUUACGACAAGAAGUCACCCGUAUUUCUGCAGCCCCGGGGAGGCUUUGAGGAAGCGACAAAAGCGAGUCACCAUGUGAAAGAACUUAUGUGGGAAACGGACGAAAGCGCUGGAAUACGAGCAGAAUAGGAAGUACAAGGGCGUGAGCGGAAUGUCCGUGGAUGAGAAGCCUGAAGCCCCCAUGUAUGUGUAUGAGUCGACAGUGCAUUGUACCAAUAUCCUCCUCUGCCUCAACGACCAGCGGAAGCAGGAUAUCCUGUGCGAUGUGACUGUCCUGGUGGAGGGCAAGGAGUUCCGCGGGCACCGGUCCGUGCUGGCGGCCUGCAGCGAGUACUUCCUCCAGGCGCUGGUGGGCCAGGCGGAGAAUGGCUUGGCCGUUAGCCUUCCGGAAGAGGUCACUGCCAGGGGAUUCGCUCCAUUGUUGCAGUUUGCCUACACCGCGAAGCUGUUACUCAGCAGAGAAAACAUCCAGGAGGUCAUCCGCUGUGCCGAAUUCCUGCGCAUGCACAACCUCGAGGACUCCUGCUUCCGCUUCCUGGAGGCUCAGCUGCGCAGCGAGGACGACGGCCUGCCGCUCUGCCGGAAGGCGGCGGCGGAGGCGAACAACUCGGAGGAGGAUGAGAGCAUGCAGUCGGAGGCGGAGCGGCCCGCCUCCCCCAAGACGCGGCGGUGUGCCGACGCCCUCGCCUCCUUCGGACACCCCGACGACGAUCGGCCGGCGAUCGCCGUUCCCAGCAACUUCGCGGAUGGCCGGCUGGACUUUGAUCGGCACGGAGCGUCGGACCUGCCGCGAUGCCCAAAGUACAGGAAAUACCAGUGGGCUUGCAACAAGCACAAUAAUGACACCUCCUCACACACCAGUACCUCAGGUUUUCCAAGCACAUUAACGGAGAGCAGUGUUAGCGGGCCAGAUCCGGAUCAGGGUCGGCUGCCUUUGGCACAGAUCAAAGUCGAACCGCAGGCAGAGGAAGAGGCCGCCUCGUUGUGCCUGUCAGGGGACGAGCAGCAAGUCCGGGAUAAGGACAGCGAGACCGCCAUGGAGAUGGACAACCCCGUAUCUGUGGAACGAACCAAGAGAACCAAGUCUGCUUCCUGCCUCCGAGCCUUCUUCAAGAACGGGGCGGACCUCCCCGGUGCGCCCAACACCUCACAGCAGCUAUUCGCCAACAGACUCGCCUGCCCCCAGGACAAAGGAAACUCUCAGGGAGAUCAUAAAAAAGACUUCAGGCCUUUCCCUGGGGAGCUGUGUCUGUCUGUCACAUCCCCAAAGGACGCGGACGCUUUCCCCGCCGGGUUGUCCCUCAAGUCCGCCUCCUGCGACGGGGUCUGCAAACAGGAAGCUGAGCUCGAUCGCCGCAGUGUCAUCUUUUCCUCGGGGGCCUGCGACCGUCUGGGAACCCCAGCACAUUCCUACCCCGGCGGGAACUCUUUGGAGAUGGAGCUCUCUGAGCACAUGCCAAAGGGCCUGUGGGCGGGAGCCAGCCAGUCCCUCCCCACCUCCCAGAGCUUUUCCCCCAGCACCGCCUCCACCGAGCCCCCGCUCCCGUGCCGCCCGCGACCCAACACCAGCUGCCCGGUGCCAAUCAGAGUGUGCCCGCGCUCGCCGCCCUGCGAGACGCGCACCAGGACCUCCAGCUCCUGCUCUUCGUACUCCUACGCGGAGGACGGCAGCGGCGGCUCCCCCUGCAGCCUGCCCCAGUUCGAGUUCUCCUCCUCGCCGUGCUCCAACGUGGCCCGCUGCCUCAACGCGGACCAGCAGGAGCAAAGCGCGGGCGGCGACGCCCUGUUCAACCAGGCGCGGCCCAAGAUCAAAUGCGAGCAGUCCUACGGCACCAACUCCAGCGACGAGUCGGGCUCCUUCUCGGAGGGAGACAGCGAGUCCUGCCACGUGCAGGACCGAGGGCCAGAGGUGAAGCUGCCUUUCCCCGUCGAUCAAAUCACGAAUCUUCCACGGAACGACUUCCAAAUGUUGGUGAAAAUGCACAAACUGACCUCGGAGCAGCUCGAGUUCAUCCACGACGUAAGGCGGCGGAGCAAGAACCGCAUCGCGGCGCAGCGCUGCCGCAAGAGGAAGCUCGACUGCAUCAUGAACCUGGAGUGCGAGAUCCGGAAACUGGUGUGUGAGAAGGAGAAACUGCUGACGGAGAGGAACCAGCUGAAGGCGUGCAUGGGCGAGCUGUGGGAGAACUUCUCCUGCCUGUCGCAGGAGGUGUGCCGGGACGUCCAGCUGAGCCCCGAGCAGGUCCAGUCCCUGAACCACUACUGCCCCGUGCUGCCCAAGCCCGCCCCCGCCAGCAAAAACAACGGCGCCGACAACACCAGCAGCAGCAUCGACCUCACCGGCCGCUCGGCCUCAGCCACGCCGGAGCUCAGCCUCCACGGGUCGCCCGACGGGCCCUCGGAGAGCGAACCCGACUCGGCCGUCAGGAACGGGGCGGAGGACGCGGACAUGGACGCCGGCGUGUACGCAAAGUCGGAGCUGCCCGGAGGGAAGUCCAACCAGGCGGUGACGGUGGAUUUUUGCCAGGAAAUGACUGACAAAUGUACAACUGACGAGCAGCCAAGGACGGACUAAGUAGCGCUGGUUCUUUGAGUCGUUGUAUUUCUGAAUUGUUUUGUUAUUAUUUAAUUGUACUCUGACAAACCCCUCUCUCUCUCUCUGCGGGGUCUCUUCACUGAAAAACAAGCUUUGUUUGUAUUUUUGUUUUUUUUUGUUU